CUUAAUCAGUCACGUGGUGCCAGGAAGAGAAGCUGAACUUUAAUUCUUGGUUAGCCAUGGCAUCGCUGGCUGGUACUUCCUAUUUCCGCAGAGCCAGUGUGAUCUGGAUGGCAGUCAUCGCCCUGUCUAUGGGCUUUUUUGCAGUAAGAGGGGAUAGUGCAUUGUGGGCGAUUCCAUGUUAAGAGUAUUUGCUGUUUGUGUCAAUGAGAAACCCCAUUGUAAGCACAUGACAGAGCAAUGUUCUGCUGUAUCAUUAGCUCCAAAGGGUUAAAAAUACACACAUUAUUCACAUACAUUAUUUUGUAAUUCGUGGGUUGCGGUGUAGUUAACCAUAAAAAGUAGGUGAAAUAUUUGUACAUGAAUAUAGAACUGUGUCCUUAUUUUCAUCCAAACAAGAAUACGUUCUGAUUCUCACAAAAUAUGUGUUUCUAUAAUGUGAUAUAUACACAAAUAAGGAUGCACACUGUAGUGAGGGUGUGAGAAAGGCAGCCGCAGAGUUGCCGAAACGUUGGGGGGAAUUGGUGAGUCAUGUUCUGUCCUAUUAGGCUUGUUUGUUGGUGGUCAUUACCAUAGGCGUGUGCAGCCUAUUGCAUUAGGGUGUGCACCCUAAAGCACAAGCACACGCCGCGUAUAUAUAUGUGUGCGCUGUGUAAGGGUGCUGUUAGUGUGAUGUGUGUGAGGGUGCUGGUAGUUUGCUAUGUGGGUGAGGGUGUUUGUGUGUGUGUGUGUGUGUGUUUGUGCUUGUGAGGGUGCUGUUAAUGUACUGUGUGUGAGGGUGCUGUUUGUGUGUGAGGGUACUGGUAGUGUGCUGUGUGUGUGUUUGUUAGGGUCCUGUUUGUGAGGGUACUGUUAGUGGGUGCUGUAUGUGUGUGGGGGCUGUGUAUGUGUGUAGGGCCUGUGUAUGUGUGUGGAUGCUGUAUGUGUGUAGGUACUGUGUGCUGUGUGUGUGGGUGCUGUAUGUGUGUGGGUGAUUGUGGGGGUACAUUACUUAAUAUCCCCCUUCCCUUCUUACCUUAUGUAGGGAGGGGGGAUUCUUGUUCCUGCUGCUUUCCCUGGUGGUCCAGUGGAGAGUGAACUCUAACAGAGUUCACGCUCGCGAGAUCUGAGCAUUGCCGGCAAUAGCUCCCCGGGUCCUCUCCUGCCUCCCUCAAUGCCUGUGGGUCGGUGGGGAGGGAGGCUGAGAGCAGAGCCGGCGCUCGGAUAGCGCCGGCUCUGCAUGAGCCAACAGGGGAUAUCCUGAGAUCUCCCCUGCCGGUCUCACGCUAUAGGCGUGCUGCGGGGAUUAGGGUGUGCCCAGGCACACCCGGCACACCCCGUGCGCACGCCUAUGGUCAUUACAUUUGUUCAUGUGCCUUGAUUGACUUGUUGCGUUUUUUUGGGGUUUUUUUGAUUUAGCAUUUAUGUAUUUUUUUAUGUGUUUUAUUGAAUAAAGAAUUUAUAAAUAAAUUUCACUUAUUAGUUAAAUACAGUGUGCAUCCUUAUUUGUGUGUGUAUGUGUAAUAUAUACUAUAUUUGGUUUGGAAGGCAUUUGCGGGAGUGCAUUAUAAGGUUUUGCACCUGAGGAUAUAAGUCGUAAAUUAGGUUUAUCCUCCAUGUGAUUUUGUUAUUUUACUGUAAUAUGAUGCAAUAUAAUUAGGGAUUAUUCUAGUUUAAGUGACUGAAUGAAUAAUCAAAAUUUUAUUAAAGGACCACUAUAGUGCCAGGAAAACUUACUUGUUUUCCUGGCACUAUAGUGCCCUGAGGGUGCCCCCACCCUCAGGGUCCCCCUCCCGCCGGGUUCUAGGGGGAGGAAGGGGUUAAACUUAUCUCUUUCUCCAGUGCCGGGCGUGGAGCUCUCCGCCUCCUCUUUGGCUGAAUGCGCAUGCGCGGCAAGAGCUGCGCGCGCAUUCAGCCAGUCCAUAGGAAAGCUUUAUCAAUGCUUUCCUAUGGACGCUGGCGUCUUCUCACUGUGAAAAUCACAGUGAGAAGCGCGAAAGCCCUCUAGCGGCCUUCAAUGAGACAGCCACUAGAGGCUGGAUUAACCCUCAGGUAAACAUAGCAGUUUCUCUGAAACUGCUAUGUUUACAGAAAAAAGGGGUUAAACCUAGCUGGAGUGGUCUGGGUGCCUAUAGUGGCCCUUUAAAGACAGGAGGCAAAUAUUUGCUUAUCUUUCUUUACUGAAACUCCCAGCAGCAAAGAAACAGUUAACAUUAGUGUAAAAAAAAUUCAACCAGAGUGCAUAACAGUAAUAUACAGUGCCAUUAGACGUCUCCCAAUUCCUCUUUCUUGAUGUCGCCGAACUGUAGUAGUGCCAACUUUGUAAACUAAACUAUUAACGAACAGUAGAUCCUCAUGAAGUCAACCAGGUAAACAAGCUGUACAAAGACUGAUUAGAAACUCCCUGCAGAGUCAAUGCGAAAACUUCACACUAGGAGAAAAAGAGAGAGAACCGUGAAAGUAUGGUCUCUUGGGUAAGAUAAAUUAAAAUACUCACAAGUGAUUUUAAGAUAACUUGAAUUUAAAUCUGAGCUUAAGUGUUAUUAAUCAAUCUAACAACUUUACUAUAGUCCACACAGUAAGGCACCAGCGUAUGAUAUAACCACAACUGGUAUGCAACUAACUUCGUGAUCUGGAGUGAACAAAUAAAUAUUAGAGUCUGGAACUUACCUUGAAGAGUGGGAGAAAGUAUUGUAAGGGCGGGAAAAUAUUCGCCUCCUGUCUUUAAUAAAAUUUAGAUUGUUCAGUCACUUAAGCUUGAAUAAGCCCUAAUUUUAUGGACAGGAGGCUUCAUAUUUGCUUUUUUUUUUUUUUAACGCUCUUCUAUAAUAGGAAAAGCAGCGUGCGUCGUAGUGGAUUCUCUUGACCAGUCUGCAGAAGAUAAAAUAUCCGACAGAGAACUGUCCGCACGAAAUGCAGAAGAUGCGGUCGCACCUCUAACCGAAUGAGCACCAAAAGAUUGGUCAAUUCCUGCAUUAGUGAGCAACCAUUUGAUCCAGCGUGCAAUCAUGGAAGAGGAGACUGGUUUGUGCAGUCUAACAUAAGAAAUGAGCAGCGGUCUUGAAGGAGGACAUAGAUUAGUUUUGCUGUCAAUGUAUUGACGGGUACAACUGACAAUGCAGAGAGACGGUCUGUCCGGGAAGUAAGGGUAGAAUACUGAUGAGGAAUUCGUCUUUGUAUGUCUGGUAAUGGUAAAUCUGACUCCGUCUGGUGAGAGAACCAUUGUAAGAGUCAAAGGCCUGCCCGUCAGAAACUCUACGAAAAGACACGUGGCACAAAAGCAAGGCCAGUUCUGCAGAAAGCUGGCAUAGGGAUAAGGCCUUGUUAAAAGGCCAGGUUUCCAACAAGGAGAAAACUAGAGACAUCCCAGAAAUUGUAAUAUCUGGCAGUAUGGGGUCUAGUCAAACGAAUCCCCCGUAGAAGUCUACAAACAGAGGGAUGUUUCUCUAUCGGUGAAUUAUCAAUGGUAUCAUGAGCCGCAGAAAUGGCAGACCGAAAUACAUUGAUUUAUCUGUAGGACUUGCCCUGAUCAAAGAGAAAGGAUAAGAAGUGCUGAAACGGGAUCAGUGUCUCUUUCCAAACACCAGCCGACCCAAAUCUGACAUGCUGAGAGGUAGGUUCGUCUAGUUCCUGGGGCCCAUGAAUCCCAUAAGAGUGAUAGAGCUGGGAUUAAUAAACGUACGACAGAUAAGAGGAUGUGUGAAAGUGCCCACAGAUCCAACGGUUACAGUGCCAGAGAAAAAAAGGCAGGAAAAUAGAGGAAGGGUAAAAUGGCCGCCGCGAUGUCAGGUGGGCGCAGAAAAGACGCGGGUCAGAGGGGAAGCCCAAGAAAAGCGCGGCUCCAUGGGAAACGGUGUCCGCGGCCGCAAUGUCUUGAAUGGGAGAUGAGGGAGCGGUCCAACAAAGGUCUGGAAUUAACAGGAACCAAGGUAAAAACCCCUGUGGGCCGUUAUAGAAAUUGCCCGCACAGUAGAAACACAAAGAGUCUCUGCAACUCAGUCAAAUGGCAAUAGGAAGGAAAUUACACAAAUUUGAAUAAAGGUUACAUAGAUAACAAUGGGCAUGAAAAAAACAUGCAAGAAGUGCUAAAAAUAUGUACCAUGAAGCAACUAAGGUACAUAAAGGAAUUUGUAUAAAUAUAAAAGGUUUAACCAAGCUGAGCAAAUCAUAAAAUUAAACCAUUAAAGGCAACGUAAUUAGAACAGACUCACCUGGGAGGCAAGCAGGAAAGAAAAAGGAAUUGAGAGGAGUCUAAAGGCACUGUAUAUUCCUGUUAUGCACUCUGGUUGAAUUUUUUUUACACUAUUGUUAACUGUUUCUUUGCUGCUGGGAGCUACAGUAAAGAAAGAUAAGCAAGUAUGAAGCCUCCUAUCUUGCCAUAAAAUCAUGUUAUUACAUGCACUUUAUGAAAUACUGUUUGUUUGUUUUUUAAAUUAUUUUUAGUGUGUCAUUUUGUCUUCAGACAAGCACUGCAAACUGUGUUUUUCCCCUCUAAACUAUGAUGAGAGGCAAAUUGAAUACCAGAUAAUAUAUUAUAUACUCGAAUAUAAGUCAAGACCCCUAAUUUUACCCCCAGAAAACUGGGAAAACUUAUUGACUCGAGUAUAAGUCUAGGGUGGGAAAUGCAGCAGCUACUGGUAAAUUUCUUAAUAAAAUUAGAUUCCCCAAAAAUUAUAUUAAUUGAAUAUUUAUUUACAGUGUGUGUAUAUAAUGAAUGCAGUGUGUGUGUAUGUAUGUGAUGCAGAGCCUUGGUGGGGGGUGGGCAUUUUUAUUAUUAUUUUUUUUUAUAUUAUUAUUAUUUUAAAUUUUUUUUAUUUAUAUAUUAUUCAUAUUUUUGUUAUUUUGUAUUAUUUAAAUUUUUAUGUAAUUUUUUUCCGUCCCCCUCCCUGCUUAAUACCUGGCCAGGGAGGGGCUCUCAUUCCCUGGUGGUCCAGUGUUGUGCACUGUGUAGCAGGGGGGCUGGCAGGAAGUGUUUACUUACCUUUCCUGCCGCUCCUGUCAGCUCCACUGCCGCGCGGAGCGUUGCCGCGGGUCUGACCCUGCGGCUCUCGCGAGACUUACAGGGGGAGCUGACAGGGGAGCUGACCGGACCGGAGGAGAGAGAAGGGAGCUGACAGGAGCCGCAGGAAAGGUAAGUAAACACUUCCUGCCAGCCCCCAACAGGACCGCCGGAGCUUGUAAUGAGCCCAGCGGUCCUGGUCUGUAUUAUGGCAAUGUAAGUUGCCAUAAUACAGACACUCACUUGAGUAUAAGACGAGUGGGGGGUUUUCGGCACACAAAAAUGUGCCAAAAAACUCGUCUUAUACUCGAGUAUAUACGGUAUGUGUAAUUUGGAAAAUGAAACAUUGAUUUUUUUUAUUUUUUAUUUAUUUUUUGCUGUAUGUAAUUUCACUUCAAUAAAUCACAUCGUACUAAGUUGAAAGACUUGUGUGUGCAUCCUGGAUUUCUCCUUGAGCUAUAUAUAGUAUUUCAUUUGCCUCACGGGUGAUUAUAUAUAGAUAGUUAAUACAUUGUUAAACAAAAAUCUGCACACCAGUCAAGCCAUAAGACUUGCUUUUCCCACAGAAAUCUGAAAUUUGCAGUGAUGUUACUACCGCAAAGGAUUCUGGGUGGUCAUAUGCAAAUUAGUUUAACAAAGAAUUACAUUUUUGCCUCAUUCCAUUUUAAACAUUAACUAUCCACAGACUAUCCACAGGGGUUUUCAGUCACAAUUUUUUCUCCACCAUAACCUGUUUGGUAUUGACACAGACAUUCACAGGCACACACACGAAUACAUUCACAGACACACACUCACAGACACUCAGACACACACUAACAGACACAUACAGACACACACAUUCACAGACACACACACAUAAAUGAUUAUUUUUGUAAUUAAGAAAAUGGCCACCCAGCCUCCCUACCUGGAGAGCUGGUGUGGACCUGUCCCUGGGGUCCAGUGGGGCGGACGGCUGUCUCCAUUUCAGACACGACGAGGGAGCUGUGUCCUCUCUGCUCCCUCUCGCCGCGCGGGCUGUCUGCUGAUGCUGGGAGCCGGAAUAUGACGUCAUAUUCCGGCUCCUGGCAUCAGCAAAAGGCACUCGGCGAGAGGGAGCAGAGAGGACACAGCUCCCUGUGUCAUAUGGAGACAGACGCCCGCCGGGGGGGUCCAUCUGGUGGCCAUUAGGUCACCUCUUGGCCCCCCAUGACAGGUGGAACACGGGGGGCAUUUGGAACCGCCCCCUGAGUGCCUGCAAGAACAGCGGGAACGGCGUUCCUGGUAAAAAAAAAGUGCUGAAACACCGUCCUGCAGGACUCGAGCCCUGUGUGUGUGUGUGUGUGUGUAUAUAUAUUUAUUUAUGUAUUUUGUAUUGCAUUUGUAUAUGGAAUAUUAAUAUAUUCCACAUUCGCUGUGUAUGUGUGUAUGGGGCUGCUUGUGGUAUUGUGUGUGUGGAUGAUAUGUGUUUGGUGGUGUGUGUAUUUGUGGGGUGCUCGUUGGGUUUUGUACAUAUAGGUGUAUUGUCAGGGGUGUGUUUGUGGGGACUUUGUGUGUGGGCUUUUUGUAAUAUUUGUAUGAGGAAGAGGCUUCUUCUGCUGCUCUUUAUAUGUAUGUAAGUGUGCAUAUAUAUAUAAUUUCUCAUUCAUUGUUUGUCCUCUAUUGAAAUUAAUAUAUAACUGAGCUGCUGGCUAACUCACCUUUUCUAAAGCAGGUAUAUUAGAAAUCUUGACUUUUUUUUUUUUUAAAUUCUUUAUUUUACUUGUGCAUGGAGAGACAGGUUACAUUUUUCUUGCGAUGCCACAACAGCAUUAGCAAGUCGAUUAGGAACAUUAGAUUUAGCAUGGCAUGCGAUAUGACAGCACAUUUUUAUAUUAAAGAUACGAUUUUAAGCUAUUGGUUCUGGUAAUACAAGCAUGGUCAUACGUGAGGUAAUUAUAAGCAUUUGCGUCAGUAUACAGCAAUGUCGCUUUGGAUCCUUAGAAAAAAAUAAAUAAAAGAGAGCUUAAGCAUGUCAGGCUACACUAGACAAAGCAGCACUAUUGGGCUUAAUUGUGCACAGGUGAGAGGUUUGCAUUUUAUGUACCAGCAACGUGCCUGGCCUGUGAUAGUUCAGGUUAGGUAUAGCUUUGAAGCUCAUGUUAUGUGUGUUUAGUCUCUUUGCUGGGUUUGCAUAGGGAAUAUACAGUCCAGGUAGCGUGAUGUAUGGCAUGGGAGACUCAGUGCCAGGCGACAUUAAUGUGAGACAAACGAUGCAGAAAGAAUGAAAGAGCUUGUUUCAUGCCUUUAGUGGUAACCGCUUGAGGUGUAGAGAGGACUUCUACGCUUGUGUCCCGAUCUGCUGGGCCUUCAGUGUGGUGGGGAUGCGUUCAGCAUAAUAUGACCAGCAUGGAACGUGGUGAGAGGGGUGAGUGUGCCCUUCGAUUAUAGUCCCUUGCAGCUACCCAAUCCUCUCCAGGCGGUAGCUUAGAACACAGGGGUGUCCGAUACAGUGGCAGGGUUUUCGGCGUUGAGUGGUGCAAGGUCGGGUAGCUGGUACCGGCUGUAUGUCACUGCUGGGUUCAGGGUUCCCGGAUGUUUGCAGGUCGGGUGUAAGGGAACGCCUCUGCCUUUCCGCCGUCCGUGCUUCCCUAACUGGUCCAAAUGGGGGGAACGAGGCCCCUACCGCGUGGCUUCAGAGGUCCGAGUGGAAACCGCAGGGCAGGAUAGCAAAGCGGGUAGGCCUCAGAUGUGGCUGUGCCAAUGUGCCUUUUCCAAUGUCCGAUCGCUUGUGGUUCAAUUGGCCUCAGCACCAGCGCCUCUUUGCCCGCAGGACCGCUUCUGCCAGACUGCAGAUAGGUUGUUUUGAGCUUUUUACAGUCUUUAAAGACGGUUUUCUGCAGGAGCUCGCCUUGUGUGCGACCUCUCGGCACUUUUGCAAAAAUGGUUGUGUGUAAAUCAUUUUAAUGGGAUUUUAUAAUGGAUGUGGCAAUAGGCCCUGCAGCAAAGAUGAUGAAAUCCACAUAUCCGUUGUCAUCCAGGAAAAUCCCUUAUCAGUCAGAGUAUAGAGAAAUUCUGAGCAGGUGCUUUAUUUUAAUAUCUGACUAAAUAGCUGAUUAAAUAUGUUUGUAUUUCUUCUAUCUUUCAGUUGACUGUUUUCGUCCCUGAACAAGUUCCUUAUGAUAAAUUGGGUCCUAUUGGGUCAUUUGCUGAGUACAUGGUGAAGAAUCACCACACUGUAAUGUAUUAUGGGUAAGUUAGAGAGCUUACUAUAUAUGGGAGAAGAUUUGGAUAAUUAAAUCUUCCCCAGUAAAAAUAACACUACAUAUAUAUCAGAUUUUGCAGACUCCAAUCUUUACUUACUUGCACUCUCAGCAGCAUAAGCGAUACAUUUUCUGAUCUCUCAAACUGGCCAGUAAUUUCAAGUAAUGCCUGCUCCUAACACGCAGCACAGUCACUGGCCGACCAGGGGUAUCAUUGCAGUCUGGGUUCCUAAAAGAUCACUUUAACUACAUAUUCCAGUAUUCACAGAGAAUCUCUUCAUCUUCAUUGGUGACAUAUUGCAGCUCUGGAAACUGCAUCACUAGAAAUAUCUUACUCAUAUUUCUGUUUGAGAUUCGUCAUUCACGUAAAAAAAUUCUUUUUGAAUGGGCCUUUUUUUAUCCUGUGCAAGUGCACAUUCAUUUGUUUCAGGAAUAGGAAGCCCCUAGCAGGUUAGUCCUUAAUGAUGUACACUAUCCUUUAGGAAACCUAUGGGAGCGAUGUAAGGAGUAUGGAAAACACACAAGUCUGCUUUCCCAGCUGUCCUCUGGAAAGAUUGGAGGUUGUUUAAAUUUUUCCAUAUAUUCAUAUAUGCAUUCCAUAUAUUUUUAAAGUAUAUUAAGUCAAGAAUGAAAUUAUCUUUUUAACACACUAUACUAUGCUAAAAUGUUUGUCUAGAUGGAAAAGCUCUGUUUAGUUACACAUAUAAGAACUGAUUCAUCUGUAUUUACUAAUUUUAAUAAUCUAUUGUUACAGGUUUUGGUGGGCAUGGACGAUACAUGUUAUUGAGGCUCUGUAUAGCAUGCGACUCUGCAGGUUUGUACAUUUCAUGUGGAUACGUGCCACUGUAGAAUACGAACACUGGCUUUGAACAUGUACUAAGUGAUAGAGUAUGGUGAAAUUAAUUUAGGCAACAUUCCAGUCAUUGUAACAACUACAUCUCAAUGCAAAUUGUUGUAAUCGAAAAUUCUGCAAUCCAUUUCUUUUUCCAACUUGGAUAUUGUUUUUUUUUGCAACUCUGUUUUAAAGGAACAAUAUAGGGUCAAAUAUACAAACGUGUAUUCCUGACGCUAUAGUGUUCAAAACACUAUUUAGGUCGUUGUCCACCCCUAGGAUAAAAACUCACCUUUAUUCCAGCACCGGGCUGGCCACGCUUCAUCUCCUUUGCUGAGAUCAUCAGAAUUGACUAUCUCAGCCAAUCCAAGCUUUCCAAUAGGAAGGCUUUGGAUUGACUGAGAAUGUCAAUUCUGAUGAUUUUAGCAAAGGAGACGGGGCAGGCGGUGGAGCCAAACACUGCACUGGCCAAUCAGCAUCUCUUCAUAGAGAUGCAUUGAAUCAAUGCAUACCUAUGGGGAAAGUUCAGCAUCUCCAUGCAGAAGCAUUUCUUGUGGCAUUCUGAGUGACUGCUACUGGAGGUAUCCCUAGGGAGCAAUGUAAACACUGCCUUUUCUCUGAAAAGGCAAUAUUUAAAUGAAAAUGCCUGCAGGAAAAUAAAGUGCCCCUUUUGCUGAAUAAAAGGGUACAUUAUUACACCUGCAUCAAAACAACAUUAAGUUAGGGGGGAAAUAUUUAGGCUCUGUUCCUGAUAUUUUGUAAGUAUAUUAAUAAAAAUAUAUAUUUUGUAAAUUUGAGUAGUCAUAUCCAUUGAUGCAGGUGCAAAAUAAGAGUAUAGCCAUUUUAUGCCUUCUUUACGGGAACACUGCAAGCCCUGGAACAACCAGCCCAACAUAGUAAUUAUUGUGCCAGGAGUGCAAAGGUGCCCUCUAAUAGUAAGUAGUUAAACAAUUUAAGAAUGGUUUGACAACUUACCAACAGCUGGGCAGCUGGUUUAUUUAGAUUUAACUCCAUGUUUAAAACAAAGUGUCACGGCUUUAUUAUAUUGUAAUUAUAUAAAUAUACUGAACAAUUUUCUAAUUUGCAUUCAUGACACUCUUAAGUAAUGUAAGCUUCUUAAAUUCUACUUACAUUUAUUAAACACAGAUAAUUACAUGCACAGUCUGUAAUAUGCACACAAAGUCUCAGGUCCAUUUAGAAUGCACUUUGACACCCAUUAACGCAGAGAAAAUAUCUGUGUUCGUAAACAUUAUUGUUAAUGAUUGAACUUGUGCCACUUUUUUUUCUUUCAAUAAAUCAAUAAUCUGUGCAUUUUAAUGUAAAUGUGCUGUAAAAGAACGCUCCGAAGAACCAUAACCACUAAGGCACUGAUGCUCUCGUCCAGUGAGCUAGCCCUGCACCUCCUAAACAGGACCUUCCAACUCUCGUAGUGGAGGCAGAAAAUGGUGCUCGGGAGGCCCGAGGGAAGGGGGGAGGGGGGAGUGCUGUACGCUUGGAGUGCUCUUCAUCCUGAAGGUACCAUAGAUUCCUUAAGUGAUUUACAGACUUUUUUUCUGCAUGUUUUUUUUUUAGUUUAGUAACGUUAGUGGAACUGAUGCUGUCAGUCUUUUUAUGUAAGUAAGCAAAUGCAGUUAUUUUGGAGGUGAUUCAUACACAGCAAUUUGGAUGCAAACUUCCAGUGUGGCAGUCCCCUUAGAAGCCAGUUGAAUGAUUUCAGACUUUGACUUAGAAAGUACCACCAUUGUAUGUUUUAAAUUCCAGUGCUCUGAAGCCAAAUUGUAGGCCUGUAGAUCUGCCGUGUCAGAUGAUGCUCCUGUAUUGUAGCAUUUGACCUGUGUAACAAAAGUGUUAGAUCCAGUAGUACAUGUGUAAUUUGGUGGUCAGCAGAGUUAGCCCAAAUCCCUCAAUUCACAAGAAAUGGUACAAUGUGUAUUUUCUUCAUAAAUGUUUUUACCUGUUUUUACCUAUUAUGUGGUAUAAAGCAAUAUAGUGUUGCAGAACUAUUUUAUAUUAUACUCCUUUAUCUAUGAUGUUGUGAUUUUUGUCUGCUCUUUCUCUGCUCAACUCCAUUAUUUAAAGGAAACCUAUAGUGUUAGGAAUACAAAACUGAAUUUGAGCACCUCUUCCACCGACGUCAGCCAAUGGGGGAACCUAGUGCACAUGCUUUCCUACGGGAAUAAUGGCACAAAUAGAUAUAGACACACAGAUUGAUACACAUACAGAUCUAUACACAGAUACACAUACAGACAUUAAGAUAGGUACACAGACCACACGUAGAGACAUAAAGAUAGGUACACAGAUUACACAUACAGACAUUAAGAUAGGUACACAGACCACACAUAGAGACAUAAAGAUAGGUACACAGAUUACACAUACAGGCAUAAAGAUAGGUACACAGACCACAAAUAGAGACAUAAAGAUAGGUACACAGACCACACAUAGAGACAUAAAGAUAGGUACACAGACCACACAUAGAGACAUAAAGAUAGGUACACAGAUUACACAUACAGGCAUAAAGAUAGGUACACAGAUUACACAUACAGGCAUAAAGAUAGGUACACAGAUUACACAUAAAGAUAGGUACACAGACCACACAUACAUAAAGAUAGGUACACAGAUUACACAUACAGGCAUAAAGAUAGGUACACAGACACAUACAGGCAUAAAGAUAGGUACACAGAUUACACAUACAGGCAUAAAGAUAGGUACACAGACCACACAUUAAAGAUAGGUACACAUAUAGGUACACAGAUUACACAUACAGGCAUAAAGAUAGGUACACAGAUUACACAUACAGGCAUAAAGAUAGGUACACAGAUUACACAUAUAGGCAUAAAGAUAGGUACACAGAAUACACAUACAGGCAUAAAGAUAGGUACACAGACCACACAUACAGGCAUAAAGAUAGGUACACAGACCACACAUACAGGCAUAAAGAUAGGUACACAGAUUACACAUACAGCAUAAAGAUAGGUACACAGACCACACAUACAGACAUAAAGAUAGGUACACAGACCACACAUACAGACAUAAAGAUAGGUACACAGAUUACACAUACAGGCAUAAAGAUAGGUACACAGAUUACACAUACAGGCAUAAAGAUAGGUACACAGACCACACAUACAGACAUAAAGAUAGGUACACAGAUUACACAUACAGGCAUAAAGAUAGGUACACAGACCACACAUACAGACAUAAAGAUAGGUAUACAGACAUACAGAUAGGUACACAGAUUACACAUACAGGCAUAAAGAUAGGUACACAGACCACACAUACAGACAUAAAGAUAGGUACACAGAUUACACAUACAGGCAUAAAGAUAGGUACACAGAUUACACAUACAGGCAUAAAGAUAGGUACACAGAUUACACAUACAGGCAUAAAGAUAGGUACACAGACCACACAUACAGGCAUAAAGAUAGGUACACAGAUUACACAUACAGGCAUAAAGAUAGGUACACAGAUUACACAUACAGGCAUAAAGAUAGGUACACAGAUUACACAUACAGGCAUAAAGAUAGGUACACAGAUUACACAUACAGGCAUAAAGAUAGGUACACAGACCACACAUACAGACAUAAAGAUAGAUACACAGAUUACACAUACAGGCAUAAAGAUAGGUACACAGACCACACAUACAGACAUAAAGAUAGGUACACAGAUUACACAUACAGGCAUAAAGAUAGGUACACAGACAUAAAGAUAGGUACACAGAUUACACAUACAGGCAUAAAGAUAGGUACACAGACAUAAAGAUAGGUACACAGAUUACACAUACAGGCAUAAAGAUAGGUACACAGACCACACAUACAGGCAUAAAGAUAGGUACACAGACCACACAUACAGGCAUAAAGAUAGGUACACAGACCACACAUACAGGCAUAAAGAUAGGUACACAGAUUACACAUACAUGCAUAAAGAUAGGUACACAGACCACACAUACAGACAUAAAGAUAGGUACACAGACCACACAUAGAGACAUAAAGAUAGGUACACAGAUUACACAUACAGGCAUAAAGAUAGGUACACAGAUUACACAUACAGGCAUAAAGAUAGGUACACAGAUUACACAUACAGGCAUAAAGAUAGGUACACAGAUUACACAUACAGGCAUAAAGAUAGGUACACAGAUUACACAUACAGGCAUAAAGAUAGGUACACAGAUUACACAUAUAGGCAUAAAGAUAGGUACACAGAAUACACAUACAGGCAUAAAGAUAGGUACACAGACCACACAUACAGGCAUAAAGAUAGGUACACAGAUUACACAUACAGGCAUAAAGAUAGGUACACAGACCACACAUACAGACAUAAAGAUAGGUACACAGAUUACACAUACAGGCAUAAAGAUAGGUACACAGACUACACAUACAGACAUAAAGAUAGGUACACAGACCACACAUGCAGGCAUAAAGAUAGGUACACAGACCACACAUACAGACAUAAAGAUAGGUACACAGAUUACACAUACAGGCAUAAAGAUAGGUACACAGACCACAAAUAGAGACAUAAAGAUAGGUACACAGAUUACACAUACAGGCAUAAAGAUAGGUACACAGAUUACACAUACAGGCAUAAAGAUAGGUACACAGAUUACACAUACAGGCAUAAAGAUAGGUACACAGACCACACAUACAGACAUAAAGAUAGAUACACAGAUUACACAUACAGGCAUAAAGAUAGGUACACAGACCACACAUACAGACAUAAAGAUAGGUACACAGACCACACAUGCAGGCAUAAAGAUAGGUACACAGACCACACAUACAGACAAAGAUAGGUACACAGAUUACACAUACAGGCAUAAAGAUAGGUACACAGACCACAAAUAGAGACAUAAAGAUAGGUACACAGAUUACACAUACAGGCAUAAAGAUAGGUACACAGACCACACAUACAGGCAUAAAGAUAGGUACACAGAUUACACAUACAGGCAUAAAGAUAGGUACACAGAUUACACAUACAGGCAUAAAGAUAGGUACACAGAUUACACAUACAGGCAUAAAGAUAGGUACACAGAUUACACAUACAGGCAUAAAGAUAGGUACACAGAUUACACAUACAGGCAUAAAGAUAGGUACACAGAUUACACAUAUAGGCAUAAAGAUAGGUACACAGAAUACACAUACAGGCAUAAAGAUAGGUACACAGACCACACAUACAGGCAUAAAGAUAGGUACACAGAUUACACAUACAGGCAUAAAGAUAGGUACACAGACCACACAUACAGGCAUAAAGAUAGGUACACAGAAUACACAUACAGGCAUAAAGAUAGGUACACAGACCACACAUACAGGCAUAAAGAUAGGUACACAGAUUACACAUACAGGCAUAAAGAUAGGUACACAGACCACACAUACAGACAUAAAGUUAGGUACACAGAUUACACAUACAGACAUAAAGUUAGGUACACAGAUUACACAUACAGGCAUAAAGAUAGGUACACAGAUUACACAUACAGGCAUAAAGAUAGGUACACAGACCACACAUACAGGCAUAAAGAUAGGUACACAGACCACACAUACAGACAUGCAUGCAAAAUGUACACACUUUUUUUAAAGCACAGGUUUUAUUUAAUGUAACCAUUAUGCAACGUAAUAUAGACAAAAAAAAUUUGUGGAAAUAUAUAAUAAUUCAUAGUAAUCCUCUUUUUUUACAUAUUUACUAUUUUAUUUUAUUAAAUACUAAAGCCACACUUCCAGCGCUUGGGAUUAAUGGAACAAGUUUUAUAAACUGUUCAUAUUCAAGUGGUUCAAUUUCAAGUUUUAAUGCUGCUUGUCCCAUAAGAAAGGAAGGAAGUAUAUUUUACAUUUAUUCUUAUUAGUUUUAAAUAAUUUAUUUAAUUAAAAUGCACCCAAAUCAUACAAAAUGGCUAAAAGAAGCUGUUUAAAUAGAAGAGCUGCAGAAGAGCACACAGUCAGGAAUUGAUAAUCAAGGUAAAAAUGUUCUCACAUGUUUGUGAUUACCACUAUUAUUAAGAGAUUGAAACAGACUGCAAUGUUCAUUGUAAAAUAUUUGUGGAAUUUAUCUGGGAGGAAAAAGAUUUUGACCUUACUAACAAAUAACAUGGCAUUUUUUUGUUGUAAUAUGCUACUAAAACAAUAACACAUUUUACUAUAAUUUGUUUGCGUUUCACUAAUCAAUAUUUGCACCGAGCUUUCAGGAUAUAUUUGAUUGCCUGCAAAAGAAGAGUUAAUAUACAGCUCAGUUGCUAGUCUCCUAACCAUUUCAGUAACAAUAAUAGAACUGGCAUUGUACACAUAUUAAGCAACCCUCCCCCCCUGUUUCCUACCUGCAGAAGGGUAACUUCCCUGUGUCCAAUUGGCUGACUGAGGCUGUUGGAAGGCAGAGGUUCUCCGACACUGCUACUCUUUGACUCCCUCCCGUGCUGCUCUGUGUCAGCUGAGACAAAGUGAUGGACUGUUGCUUCCAGUAUUACGGGGGUCACGCUCUUAAAGGGCCGCAGUGCUGACCGGUUCCCUACAAACACUUUUGCCAUUGGUUGGCCCCCCUGAGCGUGUGGGAUCUAUCACUGGCCACACCAUUCCUUUAGAAUUCCCUACCUCAUUCUAUUAGAUGCUGUCUUAGCCUCCAGUCCUUUAAGAUGUCACUAAAAACACACCUAUUUAGCAAAGCCUACCAUCUUCCUGGUGACUCUUCUCAUUACAACUGCCCUCCACAUGUUUGUUUUCUUGGUCCAGCUUACACCUAUCUUCUUCCACUCUCCAGUUCUUCCAUACACCAAUUUAAUUACCUUAACUCGGCACAGCACAGGCAUUUUAUCCAUCAAGCUGUCCUACUGUCAUGAUCUCUUAACUUAUUCCAUUGCGCCCACGUUGUGCAUGAUCCAAAGCAGACUCCUCUUCCAACGAGUCCAGCAUGUCCCAUGCCGGAAGCUGGAGUCAAGCCCCCUUUUAUGACGGGGAUCACACAUCAUGACACCAUUGACGUGGUCCCGCGUCAUCAAUACCGUCCCAGAACGUUUUGGGGGCAUAGCCUUAAAGCAAAAGAGGCCCCCUUAUAAAAGGGAUGCCUUUUGCCUUGUUCCUUGCCUUAUUGUGGUUCCUUGUGUUCCCCUUAGUGCUCUUUGAUUCUCCUUGCGUAUUUACUGUUAGGCAACAUUCUGUUUCUGUGUACCGACCCGGCUUGGCUUUUGACGUUCCUGUUUUCUGGUUCCCUGACUCGGCUUGUAUUUUAACCUCCUGAUUUCUGGUAUCCUGACCUGGCUAUUCUUGUAUCGUUCUCCUGAUCUCUGGUAUUUUGAUUUUUGGCAAUCUUCUGACUACUCUUUUCUACCUACGUUAAAUCUGACCAUUCUAAGGUUCAGUAAUAUGUGCUUGGGUUUACAUACUCUGACGUGCUGCUCUUAGUCUUCGUUCCUUUAACCGUUCUUCACAGAUUGUAAGUUCAUUAGAGCAGGGGAAUUUGUCCCCAAUUGUCUAGCCAUUUUUAUUCCGUCUGUAAAUUUCUAGUUUUUAAAUAUGCCCACUGUGUAAUUAUAAAGCGGUGCGGAAAAUGUUAAUGCUAAUAAGAUACUACUAAUAAUAGUAUACUGAAAGCAAAGUUACAAAAUCAGGCCAAUAAAGUUGGCAAGAAUUCUCAGCAUAACUGUAGUCACAGGGUGCCUGUAUUACUCUAAAUUUAACAAUUUGGUUUUCCAAUCAUGACCAUUCACUGUUUAGUGAAUAUAUGCCCUUGUCUUUUGUAUUUUCUAGUUUAAACUUCCCCAAGUGGAUUUAAUUCUUAAUUGCCUCUGCUUUGUUUCCCGUUAAAAAAUCAAGAAAACCUUAAAGGAUCUCUGUAAAGCAUAGUCCAUUAUGUUGAUGUUAAACUUGGCUUUGUGAAUUAUGAAUUAAAACAGACUGAUCACUGCCUGAACUGCCGUAGUGGAUGACUAUUUUAAUUCCGUUUUUCAUUUCCAUGGAAGAACAAUUAUGUGUGUUUGUUGUGAAAUCCAUGGAAACACACGAAAACAGCGUUCUGUGGAACAGUUGAUCUGUAUUAUGGAAGCUGAAGGCUUUCGAUGUCCUAGUUAUGUAAUACACUCUUGCAGUACACAUUGAGUCUGACAGAGUAUCAACUAUUUGAUUAUCUCUAUUUGAUCGGUUGAAUUGCCAUGUCACUGAAAUUAUUAAAGGGAAGUGUGGCUGUAUGCCAGGGGAGUCUGUUUAAUACAUGUAAAGUGAUUGUUACCAUAGUAAAGCAUUAUUAAAAAUUAUUAUAGCUAAGUGACAUAAUUUGUUUUCUUAAAGCAGCACUGUCACGUUUUAUUUUUUUUAUAUAUAUAUAUAUUUUCAUUUUUUAAAAUUUCAUUAUGCUAUUUGUAUAUUAAUAAUUAUACUCCCCAUAUCCCCAUGCCAAUUGCCACCAUGUAUUGUUUCCUUUCCACCUAGCUCUAGAUCUAAAUAUCCUAGCGCAGCCCUUCUCUGGAAUUCUUUUGACCUUUGGAUUGUUGGUAAAUUAACUUGGCAUCUGAAAUAAAAUCUUAAGUUCAGUCCAUUGACAAAGAUCACACUUCUCAUAAGAAACAGUGGCUCCUACUUUUACUUACUUAAACUAAGAGAAUUUAAAUAAAUAAGUAAAAUAGAGGAACAAACAAGUCAAAAUGAAUUAAAAGUAAACAUUUGCAGUGACUCUUUAACUUGCACUAUAACUCUGUGUAGCUUCCAUGUUUUGCUAUGGAUUUAUUGUUGUGGGUUGUAGAUUAGCAUACAUAUAUUGACUCUCAUGUUGAGUGACUUAAUUCAUCAGCAAAUGUACCAGAAUCCAAGCAUCACAUGGGAACCAUAAAAACAUACAUAAGCAUUACCAAAGAUCUGUAUUAUUAAUAUUACUGGUGUGUGUGUGUGUGUGUGUGUAUAUGUAUGUAUGUAUGUAUAUAUAUAUAUAUAUAUAUAUAUAUGUAUGUAUGUAGCACUUUACAAUUUGAUCAGAGGGAGAGAUUUAACAAUAACUGAGACAAUUACAAAAACUUACAGGAACAAUAGGUUGAAGAGGUCCCUGCUCAAACGAGCUUACAAUCUAUAGGAGGUGGGGCAUAAAACACAACAGGACAGGAGGUAGCAAUCAAACAAGGUGGAGUGAAGCAGAGCUGGAGGAGAGAAUAGGGUACUGGCCUUUAGGAGAGAGAAAGGGACAGGUAUGUGAGGUAGAGGUCAUAAGCUUUCCUAAAAAGAUGGGUUUUGAGGCACUUUUUAAAUGAUUGAAGACUAGGGGAGAGCUUGAUGGUCGUAGGCAGGCUAUUCCAAAGGAAAGGUGCCACCCGCAAGAAGUCCUGCGAGCGUGAGUUGGUUGUACGUGUACGAGCAGCGGACAGGAGAAGGUCAAGGGCAGAGCGAAGAGACCGAGAAGGGGCAUACCUGCGGAUCAGGGAAGCGGUACAGGAGGGGCUAAAAUUGGCUAGUGCUUUAUAGGUGUGGAUUAGUACCUUGAAUUGACUCCUAUAGGAUACAGGAAGCCAAUGUAAGGACUGAGAGGGGAGAGGUGUGAGAGGAGCGACAUGAGAGGAAAAUCAGUCUAGCUGCAGCAUUUAUUAUAGACUGUAGUGGGGCAAUACGACUUGUGGGAAGACCUAUUAGGAGAGAGUUAAAAUAAUCCAUGCAAGAGAUUACUAGUGCAUGGACAAGCUCCUUAGUAGCAUCUUGUGUAAGAAAGGGGCGGAUGCGGGCUAUGUUUUUAAGGUGGACUCUACAGGAUUUGGUAACAGACUUGAUGUGAGGCCAGGUCCGGGAAGGAGACACAUAUCUGAGUGUCAUCAGAGUACAGGUGGUAUUGGAAUCCAAAUGAGGUAAUAGGUUUGCCAAGAGAGGCAGUAUAAAGAGAAAAUAGAAGGGGACCAAGGACAGUGCCUUGGGGGACUCCAACAGAGACAGGAGGAAGGGAGGAGGUAUCAUUAGAAAAGGAGACACUGAAUGAGCAUUGGGAGAGAUGGGAGGAAAAUCAUGAGAGGACAGUGUCACAGAGACCGAAUGAUUGAAGAGUUUGGAGAAGGAGAACAUAGUCAACAGUGUCAAAGGCAGCAGAGAGGUCAAGAAGAAUUAUUAUAGAGCAGGGGUGGGCAACCUACGGCACUAGUGCCAUGCACGGCACUCAAGGUUGCUAGAGCCAAACAGGCUCUGGCCUAUCAGGAGUCCCAGUGAAACUUCAGAUAUUUGCUAAUACGAAGAGGUGGUGAAGGACAAUCCUAAAUUUAUCCAUUGCAGCACGUAGAGGAAGUGAUCACAGAUCACUUCCUCCCAGCACUUGUGAAUGGGUAUCCACGCUGGAGUAGAGCCUCCUUGCAGCUGCUUUUUGCAGCUCCUGUCCUUGACCUGUACCUGGCCAGCCUGGACCCCACUGGAACCCAGGGAAGCCACCCACACUGCUAGAUAUACACAGAAAUGCAGAAUAAUCCUCCCUCUUUCAAAUAAUACGAACAGCCCACACACAAACAUACACACAAUUCACACAAACGCAACACCACUAACAAUCCACAUACAUGCACACAACCCCACAUGCAAUACCCCAAACAGCCCCAAAAAUACACACAACGUGAAAUUUCCAUCCACACACAAUUCCACAAGCAGCCCUCAUACACAGCCCACAUUCAUAUGUAUCAUACACAAUACCAUAAACUACUAAUGAACAUAUACAAUAUAAUAGCUCAUAUACGCACAAAUACAAUGAUACAAAGCAAAGCAAUUACAGUAAAAAUAACACAAGCAGAAUACGGCAGCAUGCACACCUCAAUUUAAAACAAUAGGAUCGGCACGCUACGGGACUUCACAAUCCUUUAUCGGCACAGUGCUGCUAAAAGGUUGCCUACCCCUGUUAUAGAGUAAUGUCCUUUGGAUUUAGCUGCGUAGUUGGUGACUUUAAUAAGAGCAGUCUCAGUAGAGAGGAGGGGGCGGAAGCCAGACUGAAGAGAGUCAGGGAGAGAGUUGGAACUAAGGAAGUAAGUCAGGGUGGUAAAGACAAGUCUUUACAGAAGCUUUGAGGAAAAAGGCAGCAGGGAUAUGGGACGAUAGCUAGAGGGGGAGGACGGAUCAAUAGAUUUUUUUUUUUUCAGAUGGGUACUACAGUAGCAUGUUUAAGGGCAGCAGGGACAACUCCAGAAGAGAGAGAGCAGUUGAAGAUGUGUGUUAAGGGAGGCACAAGACAAGAGUAGACACGUCGCAACAAAGCAAGCAAUUGCUUGGGGCCCCAAGACAAUGACCAGGGAUGUAUUAUCCGCGAGGCAAACAAGGCACUUUCCAGGGGGCGGCAAAAAAAGCCGCCCCAAAAUGCCCAGGGCAAAUGUCUUGUUAGCCUUGCGGCUAACUAACAAUCCGGUCGGUCGGGCGGCACUGGCGAGGGAGCACUUUCCCCUGAGCGCUCUGCUCAGCUUCCUCGCGCGCCGCAGACUGAUGCCGGGAGCCGGAAUAUGAAGUCCUAUUCCGGCUCCCGGCAUCACUCUGCGGUGCGCGAGAGAGCUGAGCAGAGCGCUCAGGGGAAAGUGCUCCCUCGCCAGCGCUGCCCGACCGACCGCCCAGUAGCCCCACUAGACCCCAGGGAGAGGGAGAACCCCCACCCCCAGCAUUCCCAAAGGUAAGGAGGGGUAAAAAAAAAAAAAAAAGUGAGUGUGUUAAUGUGAGUGAGUGUGUGUCUGUUAGUGUUUGUCUGUCUGUUAGUGAGUAUGUGUCUGUUAGUGUGUGUCUGUCUGUUAGUGAGUGUUUGUUUGUCUGUUAGUGUGUGUGUGUUUUAAGUUGGAUUUAGUUAUUGUGCACUUUUUUAAUGUAUAUUUGAUUUUAUGGUACAGUGGUGUUUUUUGCAAAUGUUCAAUUGUUGAAAAUGUUCAAUUGUUGAAAAUGUUCACAUUUAAUGCACAGUAUAUGCAACAGCAGUAUUUGCACUGUAAACAUGUUUUAUUUAUGCACAGUAUAUGCAACAGCAGUAUUUGCACUGUAAACAUUUUUUAUUUAUAUAAAGUGUAGGUGAUCUUAAACUGUAUGGCUAUGCUAUGGUUCCUGUAGGCUUUGCGUGCGUGCAGGGAGGGGGAGGGGGAGGUUGGGGGGGCCUCCAUGUCCAUUUUGCUUGGGGCCCCCAAAUUCCUUCAAAUGGCCCUGGAUGGGACAGGAUCAAGUGGGCAAGUGGUGGGUCGAGAGGAAAGGAGAAACGCAGCCACCUCUUUUUCAGUAGCCUGGGAGAAAGUCUGAAGGGUAGGAAAGGCAUGACCUAGGUGUGGUAGAGAAAAAGAGGGGCAAGGUGGGGAGAAUUCUUUCCUUAGCUGUUCAAUCUUGUCUGUAAAGUAGCAUGCCAAGCUAUCGGGCGUAAGGUUAGUUUAGGGGGGGCAAAGAAGGGAGUUAUAGGUAUUAAAAAGACGCCUGGGAUUGCGGGAGCAUGAGCCGAUGAGGGGGGGAAAGUAUGAUGACUGUUUGGUAAGGGCAAUGGCUGUGCUGUAUGAACGCAACAUGAAUUUGUAGUGGAGGAAGUCAGACUGGGUGUGUGACUUCUUCCAGCAGCUUUCAGCAGAACGGCAACAUCUCUGCAGGUAGCGUGUUAAUUUAGUGUGCCACGGUUGGGGGCGUGUUAUCCACAAGGUGCAUUUUGGAGUGGGGCUGUAGUGUCCAGGGCAGAGGUGAGGGUAGUGUUAUAUGAGAAGAUAGCCAGUGAGGAACAGGAGAAAGAAGGGAUGGAUAGAAGUUGGGAAUCAAUAUUAGCUGAUAGCUCCUGGAGGUCAAUAUAAUUCAGAUUUCUUCUUAGUUGAAGGGGGUAGAUUUCAUCUACCCAAGGGCUUGGGUAGAUGAAAGUAAAACGUAGCUUUUAUUUAAUUCAGAAAAAUAUUGAGGUAUUAGCUCCCACAAGGAGUUUUCAUCAGGACAAAACUGAUCCUGAUGUCCUGAUGGGACCUGAUACCUCGAUAUCCUUGUGGGAGCUGAUACCUCGAUAUUUUUAUGGAUUAAAUAAAAGCUAAAUUUUACUUUCAUCUACCCAAGUCCUUGGAGUGCGGUUGAUUCCUAUGUUUUUAUAGUCCUAUGCAAAACCAGCACUGGGCAUUAUCUCUAUCUCCAGGAGUGCAAGCCAUGUAUAUAUAUCUAUAUAUAUAUCCUGUUAAAAUGCUAUAUAUUCAGAAUACAUUCGGCACAUAGGACACAGGCAGUUUUUACGUCAAAUUUGGAGUUAAAAAAAAAAAGCUCUCUAUAUUCCAAAAAAAAAAAAAAAAAAAGAAUUCUUGGUGCCAUGGCCAGAAUUCAGAAUAAAAGGAACAUGCUCGUCCAUUGCGUGAGUCAAUUGUUUGGCUAAACUUCUGCCUAAUUGCAGUUCAUUUGAGAAUGAAUGCAGACGUUUGGUGUAGACCAGUUAUUGGCUUUUGGGACAGGCCUAUGACAAAUAUGUGCAUAUUCUUUGUUAGCAAUAUAUACAAUUUUACAAGAAUAAAUAUAAGAAUAUUAUUGGAAAUAAUACAGAAGCUAGUGUAGUAUAUAAAUGUUCUGCUUUAAAAGGUAAUAGUUAAUCCUAUUUCUAUGACUAGGACACUAGUUUCCAUGCUGGGCCUUUCACCUCCGCUGGAAUAUGACCUAUAAUUGUUAAUGAUCAUGUUCGGAACUUCAACAAACACAUUCUGACUUUCUUUCUGUUUAUUUCUUUUUCCAGUUCUAAAGGGAUUACAGACUCUGGAGUCAAACUUAAAUGGCUCAUACAGACUUUCCUGUUUGGAAUAGCAUCUCUCUCACUCCUAAUCGCAUACAAGCCGAGUCCUGCUAAGAAACGAAGAUAGAAAGUGAACAUUGUGUAGGAAAAAAAGAGGCCCGCUAACCGCAGUGACCUUAUUUUUCUGGAUUAUAGAAUAAUUACCUCAUUUAAAAUAAGAAGGGUUUGCGUCAUAGUAUAUAGCAGUUUCCUUACCUGUUUUUUAUAUGUGAAAUUACUUGAAUCUAAUUCCUGUAAACUAAAUACAGUCCAUGAUCACAGUUCUCUUUACCAAAUGAUAGACCACUUUUGAAACUCUCUUGCCUUUUAAACUUCUUAUGUGUUGGCUAAAACUUCGGUAGUGAUCAACUGUACUGACUAGGAGUUUAUUAACAGCAGUUUGCCUAUCUCUCUGUAAAGUAAUGUACUGACUACUCUGUGAUUUAACGAACACCUGGUUACAGCUUGUUUCAUCCCAAGGAGCAUAAAAAUAGGACAACUGGAAGAUGGCAAAUUCAACAACUGAGCAGAACUCAACAGCAUUUUAUAUCUCUUUAAAGAACUGUAUAGUGAGCUAUAAUAUUCAUAUUAAAUGGGCAUGUGUUUAAUGGGCGUGUACGGUUAAGGAGUGACGGUGGGUUGAUCUAUUGGUAACAAAGACUGAGUUGGUUAAUAAAUUUCAGAAUUCUUAAAUAUGUUGUGCUUUUUACUGAAGACUUUAGGAUUCCGUACUAAUAGUGGAGUGCGACAUUCUCCCUUGGAGCUGUUUUCGAAGUAUGUAUCCCAAGGGCUGUCUUAUCAGGGACAUAGAGUGCUCGAUAGCUGGAAAGAUUUAUGUAAUGCGAAUUUAAUUGCGGAUAUAGCGAUAUGUUUUUUGCAAAAUAGAAAUUUCGAAAAAAAAAUUUCAUGGCUUGGUAAGGUAAAUGUUGUUAUGCUGCAAAAUAACCUUGUUUUGUCCACUUAAAGGGUCACUCCAGACCCCUAAACAACUUU